GUCGGUAACAGAGAGAAAGAGCCGAGGCAGCAGCGGUUGCGGACGGACGCCCUCGCUCGUCUACACUUCGUGUCUAGCGGCUUUUUCCCCAAAUGGCAACGACGGCGGACGACCAGCGGGAACCGGCGGACGUCGCUGCGCUGUCGACACACCACGGCUGCCAGCACCACCACAACAACAACAGCAACAACAACAACAACAAUAACAACAACAACAAAGACAGCGAGGCGGGAGAGAGCGCGACCUCCGCCACCGCCAGCACGACUGAACCCGGCGGGACGGCGUCGCAGAGCAUCGGUAACGGCUCUGUCAUCAACCCCAACGGCGGGAGUAACGGGAAGUGGGUCCGGCUGAACGUUGGCGGCACCGUGUUCCUCACGACGCGACAGACCCUCCUCAAAGAACAAACUUCGUUCUUGUACCGGUUGUGCCAACAGCAGGACCUGCACUCAGACACGGAUGAGACAGGGGCCUAUGUGAUCGACAGAGACCCCACCUACUUCGGUCCCAUCCUCAACUACUUGCGGCACGGCAAACUAGUCUACAACAAGGAGCUGGCGGAAGAAGGCGUCCUGGAGGAGGCCGAGUUUUACAACAUCACGCCGCUCAUCAAACUGAUCAAGGAAAGGAUCGUGGAGAGGGACUCCAAAGCCACGCAGCAGGUGCCCCCCAAACAUGUCUACCGGGUGUUGCAGUGUCAGGAGGAGGAGCUUACCCAGAUGGUCUCCACGAUGUCGGACGGCUGGAAGUUUGAGCAGGUCAGCGUGCGCGCCUGCAGAAAGCCCCGCACCGGACUGCUCUGGACUAUGGUGAACAUCGGCUCGUCGUACAGCUAUGGCACAGAAGACCAGGCUGAGUUUCUGUGUGUCGUGUCCAAGGAGCUUCACACACCCGGAUCUGGGCUAGGUACAGAGCAGAGCCACAAAACUAAGCCGGCGGAGAUGCAGGAGGAGGAAGCAGCGAAGGAUGAGGAGGAGGAGGAGGAGGGAGGGAGAGAUACCACACCAAAUGAGUGGCUUAGAGAAUGAGGGAGUCAUGUUUCUUUGUUCCAAAGAAAGGCGGGAAUGGCUUUUCCAGAUUCAUGGGUCCCGGAUGUAAAAACUACAAGAAUUUAAGUUAUUUUUUUCUAGGCUUAUUACGACAUUCUGAACAUGGUGUGUUUGUGUGUUGUGUCAAUGGACAGUCAUCAAAACAGACUUGUAGCAUUGUUCUCAGUUCGUCAAUUAGAAAGAAAAUCAAAUGACCAAAAAGCAAAAAGAAGAAAAAGUCGCAGUUGCAGCAAAAUUCAUCAGAAAUAUUUUUCAGUGAUUUUUAUUAGUAGAAAUAAUCAUGUGUGCAAAUGUGAUAUUGCCAAGGGCGGUAGUGGAGCUUAGUAAAUUAUUACCAAAGAUCCAGAUUAAAGCUGGCUGAACCAAGGUGCUUAACCAAAAUAUGACGGAGGAUUUAAAAACCUGCCUGAAGAAAAUUGACAUGUUGCUGCGUGACUGUGAUCUGACAGGCAGCGGAUGGUGCAGAAGGAUCAUCUGUGUCGCGCCGUUUUGGAUUAUCACACUUCCUAAUGUUAACACAGCUGGCCAUGAAGCAUCCGUCGGUUCAUCAGAAUUAAACUUAAAAUUUCCUUCCCGGUGAUGGAUGCAGUUGUUCCUCCAAACUGAACUGUUACUGAAGACUUUUAUUGCUGUAGUCCUGUAAAAUCAAUUGGCUGAGAAACAAACACUGCACUGAUCCCACCAGCUGCUAACUGGGAACAUUUUAGCAAACACCAACUUUACUUCGUUGUUAAGCUUGUUGGAAAUAAUGUUGGUAACUUAGUUAUUUGUUGCUCUCGGUGUGAUCGCGGGUUAACGCUGGUUUGAUCUCAUUGUAUUCGACGUUAGCUUGGUUGGCUUUGAAUUGACAGAUGGAAAUAAGUGUAGCUGGAGAAAGAUAAAGACAUCUGUUGAGGUGAAGGAUAUGUGUGCCAUUAUUCACUGGUCACCUUACAAAGGCUUCAUCUGGCUCCAGCAAGACUGUCAAAGACUGCAAGAGAGAGUCACUCCAGCAGAGCUCAGAGCAGGAACACACACACACACACACACACACACACACACACACACACACACACUCUCUGCACCAACACUGAUACACACCUGCAUCACCUCGUGCCGGUGCAUGCUCAGCAGCAGCAUCAUCAGCAGUGGCGUCGUCUCAGUCUGUCGCCCUGGCUGGGAUCCAGAGCCAGCUUUGGCUCCGGCUGACAGAGAGAUGUUGGCGUGAGUCAGGAAAGACUCAGAGAAGGGAGAGAGAGAGAGAGAGGGAGAGAGAGAGGGAGGGAGAGAUCAAACUGAGGAGGAGAGGUGAAUCACCAUUUUGUAGUAGUGAUAGUCGCUGUGUCCUCCUUCUGUAUUUGUUUGUUGAGGUAAAGAACUCAUACCAUCAACUCUCAUAGUGGACAGAACUGCCGCAGUGCAGGUGUAUGAUUGAAAAGGUUUAUAAGGAAGCUGUUACUUAGACAACACGUGACUUUUAACAGCCUCUGCUGGCAGAUUAUAGGAACUGCACCACAGAUAUAAUUUGAUUCCCCCCUGCACAAGUCUGUGGCGCAACCCCUGACAGCAGUUUGUAACGGCGUGUGAUGAAAAUGAAGUGUGAGAGAAUUCAUUUCUAGGUGUCAUUCGGCAAAUAUUCCUCCCACAAGUUUUUUUGGCAGCAAUCUGGAGGUGUGGUCGUUGAAUACAGGAAAAUAAAGGGUUAUAUACAAUUUCUUAAAAAAUAACAGGGUGUUCAGAUUUAUCAGCAGGUCAUAAAAUGUGUAAAUACGCAUCUAGCCUAUAAUACGUCUACAAUAGCCCAGUGUCAUGUCAUAGCUUAUCAGACAACAUUUAACCAAAUAAAAUAUAGGAAACACACUGUAGAACAGAUGGCAACAUGGAAAUGGGGCGGCGUUUUGGCUUUGUCUUUUUGAAGCGUUUCUCGGAGGCAUAAAUAACUACAACAACCGAGUUAAAACUACAGUGGUCGGAGCCAAACAACCAGUUUACAUUCCCAGUUCAAGUUAGCCAUGUUUAGCCAAAUUAGCUAUAACAGCUGUGUAGAUAAACGGCUUUCAAACUUCCUGUAACGCACGACAACAGCAGCGCCAUCUUCAUUUAUAAGUUCAUUUCCUUAACACAGCACAGCACUGAAAAGUUUAAGCUAACGUCAGUCAAACAUGGACGGAUAGUGCAGUUACUUUGGCUCCGCCCACCGAGGUUUACCGCCACCACAGAGAUUAUUUCUACCUCUGAGACUCCUGCGGCCGUAAUGAGAGUUGGACGUCACCAGCUUAUGUCUGACCGCCUAACAUUGACCGACCGGCGACGUGCUGAAAACACACAAACACUGUUUUACACAGGCAAUAAGCAGUUAACAGUCACAAUGUGAGACAAUCGAGAUUUAAGAUCAUGGUUGGGAACUUUUUUUUUUUGGUAACAUUUUGAUAAUUAAAUCAGAAAAAAAAAAUAGGCUGCAAAUACAAUAUUGCGUGUUUGUGUGUGUGCGUGAUUAAAACACAGCGUCUCGUCCAUUUAUAGCAUUAAAUAGAAACAGAUAUCAUGGACCUUGUAGGAUCCUUGCAAUACCUUUAUUAGCUGGAUUAGGAGAAUACAAUAAAUGUUAGAAUAGUGAAGAUACAGUUACUCAUCAUGCUUAUGAUAAUCAUAACAGUGAUAUUAGCAGGAGGGAGAAGACUGACAGAGACACAAUUAUGUUCAUUGUUUUGUUACUUCAGCUUUAUUUUUCUUUUCUUUUAUUUUUGUGUGACUAUUUCAACUUGGAUCAUUCGGUGCCUUGAGUUCAAGCAGCAAAACUGGCGUCUAAAAACCGACAUGACACAAUGAUCAUUGGAGUUAUUAAAUGCAUUUUAUUUUUUUUUAUUUUAUUUUUUUUAAAUCAAUUUUAAUAUUUUAAUCAGAAAAAAGUGUAGUUUACAGCCUCACUUAGAGUCCAGUCCAGGUUAUGUAUCUGUGUAAAUUUCUUCACGUACAUAUUUGUUCUGAGAAGUUUUAUCUUUCAG